GUGCAGAUUGCGAGCGUCGCCAGUCAGGGCGCUGCUUCCAUCAUCUUUGGUUGACGCUGCUGCAGCAGAUUGGCCGCUCCAUCGCCGGCGGCUCCAGCAGCGAGCUCUGCACACAUCGCACUGAACAAGCCGUGCGGGACGCCAGAACUUUAAAUCACUGGCGAACGAUGCCAUGGCUUGUCUUUUCCGAAGGUCCAUAGCAGCGCAGCUUUCCAGAGUUCUGGGAGUGUCAACUGAGAAGCUUAUUCCAGUGGUGUCAGCUGUUCCUGUCUCCAAAAAACAACAGACUCUAGAUUUCCGGGUGUCAGUGAACUCUCUGCUGGCGAAUGGGUAUUUAAAGUUAGGAUCGACAGUUCCAAGUCAAGCCAAGGAGCUGUCCGAGAAGUUAACUUGUGAUGAUGUGAUUACUGAGAUCGCUGUUGGCCAAGCAAGCAUUAAUUUCAAAGUGAACCGAUCCUUACUGGCUGAGGUUGUUUUGCAAGAGGUCUUCAAGAAGGGUUCAAGAUACGGAAUAGCAAGUGAACUCUUCAGCAGCUACCCCUGUGGGCGUGUUAUAGUUGAAUUUAGUUCACCAAAUAUUGCGAAAAAAUUUCAUGCAGGACAUUUGCGUUCAACAAUCAUAGGCAACUUCAUAGCUAACCUAAAGCAAGCUUUGGGAGAUGAUGUGAUCAGGAUCAACUACCUCGGUGAUUGGGGCUUGCAGUUUGGAUUACUAGGAGCAGGAUUUCAGAUGUUUGGUUCAGAAGAGAAGCUUAAAGCAAAUCCCUUGCAGCAUCUGUUUGAGAUUUAUGUUGAAGUGAGCAGACUGGCGGAGGCCCGUGAAGACAUCCAAAGGGCAGCCCAAGAGUUUUUCAAAAAGCUGGAAUGUGGGGAUAAACAGACCUUGGCAUUAUGGCAGCACUUUAAGACUAUAAGCAUUGAAGAAUAUGAGAAAACCUAUCAGCGGCUUGGUGUGCGUUUCGAUGAGUACUCUGGAGAAUCCUUGUACCAUGUCAAAGCACAAGAACUCGUGCAGAUGAUUGAUCAGAGAGGACUGCUCAAGAAAGCAAAGCAAGGAGUUGGAGUGGUUGAUCUUUCACCAAAAGGUGAUCUGACCAGUUAUGCCAAGGUAGUUCGAAGUGAUGGGACAUCUCUCUACCUGACGAGGGAUAUUGCAGCUGCUGCAGAUCGAAUGGAGAAAUACAACUUUGACAAAAUGAUUUAUGUGACAGAUAAAGAACAGUGCACACAUUUUCAGCAGAUGUUUGACGUACUGAAAAUACUGGGCUUUAACUGGACAGAACGCUGUCAACAUGUACCUUUUGGGUUAGUAAAAGGAAUGAAGACUCGGAGAGGAGAUGUUGUUUUUCUGGAAGAUGUUCUGAAUGAAGCACGCUCCAGGAUGCUGCAAAACAUGGCUGCCUCGAAGACAACCAAAGAACUAGAAGACCCUGAGAGCACAGCGGAGAAAGUGGGUGUGGCUGCACUUAUUGUUCAGGAUUUCAAAGGUCCCCUUUUGGCUGAUUAUGAAUUUGACUGGGAUCGUGUACUCCAAAGCCAGGGAGAUACUGGAGUGUACCUGCAAUAUACACAUGCCAGGCUAUGUAGUUUACAGAGACAGUGUGACAACGGGACAAAGAUACAGUUCAACCCUACUUACUUACAAGAUCCUCAGGCAAUUGCUGUACUACAGCAUCUCCUCAGGUAUGAUGAAGUUCUUUAUCAAGUUUCAGAGGAUCUCCAACCCAGACAUCUUGUUAACUACCUGAUAAUGUUGAGUCGCCUUGCAUCUAUAGCACACAGGACUCUGCAUAUUAAGGGCAGCUUACCAGAAAUAGCAACGGCAAGACUUCUACUCUUCGAAGGAAUCUCUUCUGUACUCGCCAACGGAAUGAAGCUCCUUGGUAUAACUCCGGUGGACAAGAUGUGAUUAAACUAGCAUUUGGGACAGUCAUUAAAUGAUUUGGCAAAACCUAGAACCACACCAUGGCGAGGCUGCAUCCAAUAAAACAGAAUCCUAUUUGCUCAGGAGACUUGGCAUCAUUGAAAAAAACUGGCACGAGAAACUUCUUACUUACUUAACUGCAAGCCAAACAGCAAAACUGAUGCUGCUGUGGAAAUAACAAUGGCUGCUGCUGCUGAAAAUCCUUUCAUGAUGUUAUCGGUGUAUUUCACGACAACAGAAGUAUACAACCCGCCAAGACUAGCUAAUACUGUGGAGAUGGAAGAAAAGUAAUACGUUAUAUAGUUCACUGGAAGAAUUGAUGCACUCGUUAAACAAUUUUAAAAAAGAUUAAGUCAAGAUUGUGGGCAACACUGGCACUCACAAUCCAUACCCCGAUGCCCCGUGAAGAUGGUUGGAAGAGUGUUGUAGAACCACUCGUGAUCCUAGCACUGAUGCGCUUUCCUAAUAAUGUUAGCCAGGUCAUGGCACCAUUUUUUUUUUUUAGCCCAACCAACAAGUGAUGCAAGGGUUAAAUUUCCAAAACAGAGUGUGACUGUCAGAUCAUCACCUGACAUAUCUUGCUUCACAUUGUCAAUUAUGAUCAAGGUCGUGAAACGGGAGGAUAACCAAGUUUAGUACAAUGUACUCGACAUGUAAUGCAUACGUUUGCACACUGCUAGAGGGAGACGUAUAAAGAAUCAAGUGUUUUAUUGUCGUAUGUCCCAGAUAGAACAAUGAAAUUCUUACUUGCAGAAUUUCAUUGUUCUAUCUGGAACAUCAGGGAACAAAUCAGGAGGAUGGCCAAGCUGCAGGUUAGAUUCAGUCAUUCCAUUCAUUAAUGCUGUACACCCAAGCCAGCCAAUAAAUUGAUGCAAUUAUAGAUCAA